CCUUCUCGCGGGAGCUAUAUAAGCGCAAAGCAUCAUUUCAGUCGACACCUCAUCCACCUGACUUUAUUUGCAGCAAUAAUGGCGUUUUCUACUCCAGUUUCUAUGUUUUGGGUAUUAUUGGCGACGGUUUCCUGUCUCAUCGUCAAUGCAGUUGAAGAGGAACUAGCAUCUCUUCCUUCUGCUGGAGUCGUUCGCCAAUCCAAGCAAAUGUUUGCCCCACCACUUUAUAGUUAUUACAAUCCCUAUGGGGCUCCGAUUUGGAUCCCAACACUGGUACAAGGUGAAAUUCAUCCUCAAUCCGGAUUAUUGUUUUCAGCCGACUACAAAUCAGCCCUAACGGACAGAGCAGCUCGAAAUGAGGACAUUUCCAUUACCCCAGCAGCUACAGCUUGCAGGUUUAUGGCCAGCUCCCUCAGCAGUUGCAUGAAGUCGUCAACUGCCGUGUCUGGAACUAUCACUAUCCAAUUUUCUUCUGCUGGUGCCCAAGUCGCUACGGUGUCAAUCGCGCCAAACAAGUUGCUUUAUUCCAGAGUAACAAUAACUUGUACUGAAUUGUCCAGCGGUGGUGCUGUUGCUGUCUACAUGAAAUCCGGCGCUGCUGACGCAGUUCCUUCGUUCGCAGCACCUUUCACGACGACUGAACUUAAACCUGUACAAAUGGUGGCGAUUGCAACUUCUGACACUGCUAAGGUGAAAUGCAGUUGGUCAUCCUCGUUUUAAUCACUCGACGUUCUACAAGUACACAACAGGCCGGCCUAUGCAUAAUAAUGAAGCUUCGUUUGCCGUACUAAAUAUACAUAUUAACAACACAAUCAGCGAUUUACUAUAUUGUCGUUGGUGUGACGGGUGACGGGCUAUAAUAUGGAUUGAGUUUACGCUGGCGUUAAUGUCCAUGUAGUUUAUUUAAAAGUAGAAGAAUACAUUGAUUUGAAGAACUGCAA